CCGAAAUGAAAAUCCGGAACAAAUUCAGGACUAUUACCCUGUCUUUUUAACAAAAAACAAGAAUUAACAAAUAAAAGAGGGGCCAUUUUCUAGCCGUAGAAUUACCUUCCCGCAACUUAUCGGCCAUGGCUGUUGCCACAGUUCCUGUGAACUCAGUGUGCGCAUGUACACUGCGCUCACUGCGCACCUCAACCAAAUUUGUGUCCCAGUUCUUAACAAAAUGCUCGUCCUUCAAAUUGGGUUUUGAAUCUCUGCAACUCCGGACCACCCUACCCUCAAGAAAGCUUGUGGUUCGAGCAGCUAGAACCGAGUCCAAAGGGGUCUCUUUGGGCUUCCGAGCUCCCAAUUUUGAGAUUCCAGAGCCACUAACUGGGAAAGUUUGGAAACUGGAGGAUUUUGAAUCACAUCCUGCUUUAUUGGUGAUGUUUAUCUGCAACCACUGCCCGUUUGUUAAACACCUGAAAAAAGGUAUCGUGAAGCUUGCAAAUUUCUAUAUGAAGAAAGGACUUGCAGUUGUUGCGAUAUCUUCGAAUUCUGUAGCUACGCAUCCACAGGAUGGACCACAAUUCAUGGCAGAAGAAGCUAAGCUGUUCAAAUAUCCUUUUCCAUAUCUAUAUGACGAGCUCUCUCUUCUGAAUUGCCUAAGCUUGCAGCUGUUUCAACCUCAAAGCUCAACUCCAUCGUUGACCUCCAGCUGCUACCUUAACAGCCAAGCCACCAGGUUCUGCUGAAAAGACCCAAGAAGAGCUCUUCGUCUUCCACUUCUUAUAUUCCCAGCAGAAGAACAAAAUCACAAAAGAAAGGCCCAAAAUAAAAAAGAAAGGAAGGGAUUGAAAUGAGAUUUUAGGUGGAAAUCAAAAGACCCAAAACCAGACAUAGGGAGAGAGAGCGAAGAGGGCGCUGAGAAAGAAAAGAAAAAAGUGAGAGAAGUGUUAAGUAGGCAAUAAGAGAGUAUUUAUAGAUAGUAUUUGAUAAAUGAUUAUAGGGUGGGUAGUAUUUGGCUAAUAAGUUUGCAAAGGGAUAGCAUUUUGCCCAAUUUCCCAACUUUAGCUAACAUUUAAACAUUGGAGAAUAGGAGGUACUAAUGGCUCCAAGGGCGAGGCUAGGUUGAUAUUUGGCAUGCAUGCAUGACAGGCUGGGACUUUUCAUGGUUCAUUUUAAAACAUUGAUCCCUGAAAAGCAGAAUUUCCUUCCAAGUGUAAAAUUAGAAGUACUGAAGAAUAUAAGAAGUUGCCCUUAGAGUGAGGCUUUUUAGAAAGAAAAAAAGAAAAAGAAAUGAUAGUCUUGGUUAUUCCUUAACCUGAGCAACUUGAGUCUCUUCUUUCCCUUUUCCUAUUUUACUGGUUUUCAUGGUUUUUUGUUAGCUGUUAGCUAGCCAUUCCUAGAAUUGAGAUUUUGAGGGCAGUAGAACUUCAGGUCGCACAUUGUGUUAAGUGUAAUACUAUAUCAAUUUGAUUGAAACACAGUUAUGCCUGGUAACUCUCUAAAUUCAUUAUCUUUGUUAAAUAUAUUUA